ACAUCUACAUUACCUAUACAUACAUUCUCACACCAACACAAAAGAAAAAUAAGAAAAAUAGAUACAACUCUCUCAAUAUCUCUAUCUUUUUCGAUUUCCGGUGAAUUGAACGCCGGCGAUUACGAAGCGAAGUGAGUAGCGAUCAAUUGCGUGUGAAAGCGACGAGAGUUACGGGAUGACGUCAUCGGCGCCGGAGAAAUCGAAGCCGCCGCUACACAAUUUCAACAUGCCGUGGUUACAGUGGGGGAAUAGGAAGCUAAUGAGGUGUAUGAAGGUGAAUGAGUCGUCGCCGACGAGUUAUAAUCAUCGGAGGAGUGGCGAAAAUCCGAUCGGGCGGUUGAGAGAGCCGGAGUUUGAACGGCGAGGAUCGAGUAAGAAAGCGAAGCGAGAUGAUGAUGGAAUCGAGGCGGUGAGGGAGAAGCUGAUGGUUGAUCUCAAGACGGCGGCGUUUAAGAUGAAAAAUGCUUUGAUUAGAGACGGAUUGGAGGCGCCGAAGGAUACGCCAUGGAAUUUGAGGACUCGGAGAGCUGCGUGUAAAGAGCCGCCGGUUGGGGAUAACGGCGGUGAGCGGAAACCUAAUUCGUCGCCGGUGAGAACGGAGGCGAAUAAAUCGGCGAGGUUUUUGCGAGGGAGUGUAGUUGGAGGUGUCGUCGGAGAAUCAUCGAGCGGUGAGAAGCGAGAUAGGGCUAAGUUCUCGGUAUCGCUCACACGUCGAGAAAUUGCUGAUGAUUUUAUGGUGAUGACUGGUCAUCGGUUGCCUCGGAGGCCUAAGAAACGCCCUAAAUACAUUCAAAAGGAUUUGGAUACACUCUUUCCAGGAUUGUGGAUGACUGAAAUCAAUGCCGAUUUAUACAAAGUUCCUGAUGCUGUGUAAACAGUGGUAAGUAGUAAUGGGAGUAGGUGAUGGUGUUGUUUGUUCUUGUUUGAAGCUGUUUUCUUUCUGCUGACUAAAACUGAUCAUUAUUCAGUACUGGAACACCCGACGACCUUUGUAAAUUCAAGAAUUCGCGGAUUUGAUCAAAGUGUUGAGCAACUACUUGUUUCAUCCAGUGCUGUGUAUGAUGACUCUGCUAUGAAAUUUUGUUCAUUAUAAUCUGUUAAUAUUUUGGCUUAUUGAACAAUAAACUUGUUGAUAUUAUGUUUCGGUAUCAAUAAUAAAAUAGUUGGUUUGAUAAA